CCAAGUUGUACUGAAUAUUGCUUGCUUGAUCUAUUGUUGGCUUGUGCAGAAUUCGAUUGGCUUGAAUGCCCCACGAUCUGCCCACGCCCAUGUGAACGAGUAUGUCCUGCUUCGGCUAUAAAGUUUCAAAACUCGAAUCAGAAAGCUUCUUCUAACCACAUGGACGGUGGCGUAGUUGUUGAUCGAUGUUCUGGUUGUGGUCGAUGCCUUCCAAUAUGCCCUUUGGGUCUCAUUAGUGCCACAUCUUAUGUGCGACCUUUAGAGACCGUGGCCAGUUUGUUGCGUAGUGAAGAUGUGGAUGCUGUUGAAUUACAUACAGGAGCGGGACAUUUGAGCGCCUUUCGAGAGUAAGUUUCCCAGCUGGGAAAUGCUUUUUCGUCUCUGAAACUUGUAGCUGUCAGUGUACCUGAUUUAGAGGAGUUAAUGAUUCCAACUCUAAACGCCAUGUAUACGUCUAUGAAACCUUUCGUGAAGAAUCUCAAUCUCUGGCAGUUGGAUGGUCGGCCGAUCAGUGGAGAUAUUGGAGUUGGUGCCACAAGAGCAGCCAUAAUGUUGGCUCAAAAGGUGGUUUCGUCUUCAGAGAGACCUCCAGGUUUUAUCCAACUUGCUGGAGGAACAAAUGCGCAUACUGCAACAGCUUUAAAGAACGUGGGCUUGCAACGCUGGAUAACAUACGAGAAUCAUGGGGUAUCUCAGCAAUACGAAGACAACCAAAGUAGGUCUGCAGUGAUCGCAGGAGUUUAUGCACGGAAGGUGCAUAAACCGUGCAUAUCCUCCGUGCAUACGGAGGAUAUGCACGGAAGGUAAGAACUAAGUUGACUGUUGGACCCAUACGCUCUCCAUUCUGGUUAAGAGUGCUAAAUUCUUUGACUGAUAUUCCUCAAUUUCGUGUACUCCUGUUCUUAAAAGGAAUCGGCAUC